GCCAGAGUGAUCAUGAGGUUCCUUAUGCUGACAUCAUGAUUACUAUGCGAGGGGCCAGCACACCUGAGCUCACAAAGAUCUCCUACCUGGCUCCGGGGGACCAUAGAGAGAGGUGGAGAGAAGACGCAGGCCAUGGCCCCAGCACCGGCCCUGAAGCUAGGUCCCACCUGCAGGCCUCCCGCUCAGCUGACAGACUGCAUGUCCAGCCCCGAGAGGUCUCCAGGAAGAUGAGCACAAACUCUGAGUAUGCUGUCAUCACCUACUCUUAACCAGUGGGGCUGGAGAGGGAUGGAGAGGAUAAAAUAGGGAAUCAGAGAGAGCAAGUGAGAAAUGACUGUCACUGUACUCAUAUUAUUACUCCUUGGCUGUUUUGUUAGCAUUUUUUUUAC